AUGGACAAGCCCCGGAUCUCUCGCUGGCCGCGCUGGCGAUGGCUGGCGCUGGCCGCCAGUCUCGCCGCCGCCGUCGUGCUGGCCACCACCCUGACGCUCAAGCUGCGAGACAGCGAUAAUGAUGAUCCUCCUGCUGGCCUCAGCAAGAUCGACCACGUCGUCGUCUUCAUGCAGGAGAACCGCUCGUGGAACACCUACUUUGGCACCAUGGCCGGUGCUCGCGGCUUCCAGGAUCCCAACGUGCAGCUCAACGACGGCCUGCCCGUCUGGCUGCAACCAUAUGAAGAUGCCUACAUCCUGCCCUUCCACCUCGCCGCCGCCAACUGGUCACAGGCCGUGCAGUGCAUGUCCGCCGGCAGCAACGGCUACCGCGCCAACCAGGCCGCCCUCAACCACGGCCUCAACAACCACUGGGCCCGCAACAACACGCCCUGGAGCUGGGGAUAUCUGCGCCGCCCCGACCUGCCCGUGCAGUUUGCCAUUGCCGACGCCUGGACCGUCGCCGACAUGUAUCAGCAGUCCCAGAUCACCGCCACAAACCCCAACCGCGUCAUGCUCGUCAGCGGCUCCAUCAACGCCCCCGGCAGCCCGCAGCAUCCCGACCAGGGCGGCGUCUAUCUCGACAACAACAACACCCCCGGCUGCGAGGCCCCCGGCGUCAACUGCUACCCGCUGCGCUGGCGCACCGUCUUCGAGCUGUACGAGGCCGCCGGCGUCUCCUGGCGCGUCUACCAGGGCGAGGACAACUUUGACGACAACCCGCUCGUCUGGUUCGAGCAGUAUCAGAAUGCCCGUCCCGGCAGCCCGCUCGCCGACAAGGGCAUCGCCUAUCCCGGCCUCGACCGCUUCUACCAGGACGCCGCCGCCGGCACCCUGCCGCAGGUCAGCUUCAUCGUCGGCCCGCGCGAGCUGUCCGAGCACGCCCCCUACUCGCCCAAGGACGGCGGCUGGCUGCAGCAGAAGAUUGUCGAUGCCGUCACAAAGAGUCCAAAGUACGACCGGACGGCCUUAUUAAUUAGCUAUGAUGAAUCCGGCGGAUGGGGCGACCACGUCCCCCCCUAUCACUCUCCCAAAGGCACCCCCGGCGAGUGGAUCGACGACUACAUGGGCAUCUUUGGCGACGUCUCCACCGGCCCCGGCUUCCGCGUGCCCUUUUACAUCGUCUCGCCCUGGACCCGCGGCGGCCGCGUCUUCACCGAGCACGCCGACCACACAUCGCACAUCCUCUUCAUCGAGCAGUGGCUCUCCGCCCGCGGCGUGCACAACAUCACCACCCCCGAGCUCGUCCCCUGGCGCCGCGCCCACAUGUCCAACCUCGUCAACGCAUUCGACUUUGACAAUCCCGACCUCUCCCUCCCCCAGCUCCCCAAGGCAGACCUCCCCCACCGCGACAGCGACGGCAACUGGGACGGCAGCGCCCACUGCGAAUCCCUCUUCCCCGACACCCGCCCCCCCGUCCCCAUCGCCUCGCAGGCCGCUUCCUCGUCUUUACCGCAAACCUCUCCUCCAACACCACGCCGCACCUCCUCUCCCACGCCUCUCCCUCCCUCGCCUCCGUCACCGCAGACUCAGACUCAGACUACCGCGACAUCCGCGCCCGCUGGGAUCCUGCACUACUACAACAAACAACUCCACCUCCGCCACCGACAUCCAGCACCACCGCCACAAACCAGGGAUCCCCCCUACCUCCUUGUCUAG